AUGUCUUCUCCUCCGCCAAAGGGUAUCUACGUGCCCGUCCCCACGUUCUUCGCCUCCAAGAAGACUGCCAACUACAACGCCACCACUCCGCCUGUCGAUGUCGAAACUCAGGUCGCUCAAGCUGUUUACCUGGCUAAGAAUGGUAUCAAGGGCGUAGUUGUUCUCGGUACUACAGGCGAGGCUGUGCAUAUUCACCCCAAGGAUCGCCAUGCUAUUCUUAGUGGUGUAAAGGCUGGUCUGGAGAAGGAGGGUUUCAAAGACUAUCCUAUCAUUGCGGGAACUGCGACGAAUAGUGUUGAGGAGACUGUUGAGCAACUAAAGGAUGCUCACAAGUCUGGCGCUCAAUGGGGUCUGACUCUUGUGCCUGGAUACAAUGCUUCGGCUGUUACGCAGGAGGGUCUCGUUCAGUGGUUCACUGCUGUUGCUGACCAGAGUCCUAUUCCUGUUAUGAUUUACCACUACCCCGGAGUAUCAAAUAACGUCAAGGUCGCAGUAUCGACCUACGUUACUCUCGCAAAGCACCCCAACAUCGUCGGCUGCAAGCUCUCCCACGGCGACGUCUCAGUCGCUGCCCAAAUCGCCUCCAACCCAUCCAUCGACCACGAGCACUUCCACGCCUACACAGGUCUCGGCCAACAACUGCUGCCAGUAGUUUCCGUAGGCUUUGCGGGCGCCAUUGAUGGUUCCGCUGGUUUCUUCCCCAAGUCUCUGGUACGACUUUACGAGUUGUCGGCAAAGACGCAGCCUACGGAUGCCGAGAUCCAGGAGCGAAGGGUUCUGCAGUUCAAGGUGAGCUCGAUGGAAGAGCUCGUGGUCAAGUUUGGUACUGUCGGUAUCAAGGAGGCUACCAGCAGACUCAGAGGAUUCGGAGAUGCUGAUGGCACGAGAUUGCCGUUGGUUGGAGGUAUUCCUGGUGGUGAUGCUGAGUGGGCUAAGUGGAAGGAAGUUAUCGAGGCAGUGGAUGAGGUUGAGAAGUCGCUAUAA